AUGUGCCUCCUUCUCUUCCCCUACUUCAUGAACAAGAAGAAGCAGUCGGAUCGUGCAAAGGCUGCCGGUGCCUCUGGCUCUGAGACGGCUUAUGCGCCGCGACCUGUUGCGGAUGGAUAUGCGAAUAACCCUUCUUCCCACGGGCAACAUGGGAUGGGACAGGCGAGGCCGAUGGGGGUGUCUUCGGGAUGA